GUAAAAAUCAGCUGGGCCAGCGAAUCUGUGUCAGGCUGGGGGAUCUAAACUAGCACGAGGCUUUACCGAAUAUUCAGUAUUCGGCCGUCCUCCUCGCUAGGUGGUAGUGCGGUGCUCUACAGUUCGCAUCACUGUAAUACCGCGCGCAUUACCGUCUAUCUAGUCUACUUCCUAUUUUCAUCCUGCAACGCGUCACAUUGUACAACAUCAUUCUUAAUUUUUUAUUCAAAUCAAUUGCGCUGCGGGAUCAUUGUAUCAUAUAUAUAUAUAUAUAUAUAUAUAUAUAUAUAUAUAUAUGUACGUGCAUACGCUCGCGCGCACUUGUGCAUAUGAAUCGACAUACAUACAACGCGAUAUUACAAAUUAGUACACGAUUAAAAUUCAUUCUUCAACAUGAUAGAGAAGCAACGAACUAAAUUACAAUAACGAAAUGAUAAAUAACUAAGUGAAUAAAUCGUGACUGAAUACAAGCGAGAAAUGAAAUUAAUGAAAUCGCAAAACGACCAUAUGAUAAUCGCGAAAUAACGAUACAUGACGUCGUUUGACAAAAUACUUUUCGCGUAAGUGAUUAAUAAGAUGUGGAAAAAAUGUGACAAUGACCGUUCGAUAGUUCUAAAUGGCCGAAAACAACCGAGUAUCGUACCAGAACGGUACUCCUUUUGGUCAUGACGUUUGAAUUUUCUCCCGCGCGAUAACCGAUCAAACAGUAAACCGAAAAAUUUAUUCGUUUCGAUCUUACGCCCAACCAUUAUAUGUAUUAAAAUCCAACAGCGAACUAAAAAAGAAAGACAACUUCCCAAGAUGUAUGACCUCGAUAUAUAAUGUUUAUCGUGGAUGAUCGACAUUAUACUUCGUACACCACGUUGUGUUCGCGAUAGAAAUAUUUAUAAUAACUUUUAAUAAAUGGAAAAAGUGUGACUAUCAAAAUGGUGUAUGUCUAACAUCCAUUAUCGAUAAUCGCUUGGAGAAAGAAGCUAUAAAAAAAAAUUGUUAUUUAACGUUAGAAUAGUGAACGUAGAAGCACGCGUGUAGUUGAACGCUUGAAGAACGUUGUAUGAAACGAGAAACUGGGCAAAAUGUUCAAUCUAUAUCAAAAUUUGAACAAAAAGGACGAAGAUCACAAAGAGUCGGACGUGACCGGACACGAUAGAUUCUGGCAGGAACGUCCGAGGACGCGUCGAAAGCGUCGUGCUGUCAAUCGAAGGACUCAGAGCGCCAUCGAAUUUGAUUCCGAGGCUAUAGUUUCCGCUCGAGGCACUCUUCGUCGUGGAAGAAGCGCGAGUAUCGAAGAUGAAGAUAGCGACGAAGAAAAGAGUUACCAAUUGACCAACAAAAUCGACAAUCUAGCUAAAAUACUAUUUAGUCGCGUAUCCGCUGCUCGAGGUUGCAAGGAUUCCGAUGUCAAGAAUGGAAGGCAUAACUACACGGCGUUGGAUCAUGGACCAUCUGUUUGCGAAAAUGUUGGCGAGUACAUGGAAAUGGAAAAAAGAUCGAGAGACCGUGCCUUAUCAAUUUGUCAGGCCUAUAUCCGUAGAACACCGCGCUACAGUCUCGUCAAGCAGCUGAAUAAUCUCGGCUCUAGAAUGGACAAACAUUGGUUCAUAGUAAGAGAUACUUCUUUAAAAACCGAUCGACUGAUUACGUUAGCUCCGUUAAAUAGAAACUGCUCGUUGAGCAUAACUCCACUGACAAAGAACGUUUUGAACGACUUAUUCUUAGCCUUACAGCAUCCGUAUAUAUGCCCUAUAUUCGAUAUCGAUUUUAUCGAAUUGGAAAGUCAAAACUACGUGAUCGUAGUUCAACCGAUCAGUCAAGGCAGCCUGAAAGAUUUGAUAUACGGAAUUGAAAGAACGGGUUGGAACGAAGACUGGAAUCAGAAGUACGGUUCUCGCGGUAAAGGACUUCCUUUACCUCAGGUUCAACAAAUGGGACGUCAAGUGCUAGAGGCGUUGACUUUUUUAAAAGAAAGAGGAUUUCCAACGGUAAUCCAUUUACAUUCGGGAAAUGUGCUCGUACAAAAUGGUGUCGCACGUCUCGCCGGCCUAGAAAACACGCUCCUCGGUUUCACCAGCCGAAUACAUCCAUUAAUCGCUUCUCGUAUUUCGCAAAAUAUCUCGAUUGACAUGAUAUGUUUCGGUCAUAUGUUGUUUGAGAUGUGCGCUGGGUACGAAUUACCAUCGUUUAAACCAAAUUCCACGCAUCUGUCGGACAUUGAAAUAUAUCCACAAGUUGUUGAGUUACUCCAGUUCAUAUUUGGUGAAUCAUCUAAUCGUCAGAAGAUUAUUGAGGAGCUUCUUGUACAUGAUUUAUUCAGAAAUAUUGAUCUUCGUGAAAUGCGAAGUGCUCCUGUUACGAUAUUUCGUCCAACAUUAACACCGCCCAUAGUAAAUUUACUCGACGGUAUUAAACGACAAAAUGCCAAUAAAAGGCAGAGGUCGCGCUCUAUAAGCGACGUGUAUUUGACACGCAAAUUUUGGUAAUGACACGAAGGAUCCGAUUAAUCGAUUUAAUUCUUUAAAAAUCUUCAUGAUAGCAUGUAAUUCUUAUCUUUUUCAUAUUGCAGAACCACACAGUUGGAUAUCGUCGAUGAAGAUACAACGUCUCUACAUAGAUCACAUACCGUUUGCAAAAAUUCUUUACUCGAUGAGAUUUAUAACGAGCUUUCAAACACGGCUGUAUAAUUGUGGGAACAAAAUUUGUUUCAUUGCGAUUUAAUCUUUAAUAUAUUCGUAUAUUUCUCUACCGAGUGCCAAAAGUUAUACCAAUCUCUAUUUCUAGUAUAGUUAUUGAAUUACAAAUUUAAUAUGAAAAAGAAAAGAAAUAAGAAAAGAAUUAGAGAUAAAAAAAGGAAAAAUAAUAUGGAAAGGCCAAUAAAAAGUGGAAAAAAAGAAAAAAAAUAUAAA